AUGACUUCCUUGACCCUUCAGAGGAACCGUAGCAACAGCCAGUUCAGGUCCCAGGGUACUCUACUGAUCCCUGAAGGCCAAACUGAACAGGCUCGCAUGUACCAGCGCAUGUUUGAGGGACAGAUACUGCACCAGAAACUCAGUGACAUUGUGUACUAUAACUACCGCGUCCCCGAGGAGGAGAGGCAUGACUCCACAAUGAAGAGAAACAUGGAGACUCUAGCUGCUGAACUCAAGAUGUGGGAGGCAUACCUGGAGAAGAUGGAGCCUGGUUCAUAUCUUGCGGGGAAGGCAUUCUCAUUGGCUGAUGUCCUCGUAUUUCCUGUAGUUGCCUAUGCUAUGCGCUUUGGAAUGUCCCAGGAGCGAUAUCCUAGACAGGCGGCGUACUACACCAUGCUGAAGGACAGGCCCAGCGUCAAAGCCACCUGGCCGCCACACUGGCUGGAAAGCCCAGGGUCAGACACCAUCAAAGACCUCUGACAUGUCUCCACCUAGAAUCUUUACCUGGUGCUGCACACUCCUACGACCUUUGGAGCAUUGUUUACGCUAAACUCUUUUGUUA